AUGAACGUGUUUGUGUUUUCCGCUGAGGAGGAAGCGCGCUCCUCGCUGAUUGAGGUUUACAGAGGUGACAUUAUGUUGAUGAAGAUGAAGUAUGGCUCCUCUGUCACUGACUCCAUUACCAGCAGGAGUUCCAGACUGCACCUCCUUCUCCAGGGCCGUCUCUCUUUGCCUGCUCUCCCUUCAGCAGGAGGAGCAUCAUGGUCUCUGGGCAGGGAGGAGCUCCUGGAGGCCUUCCUGCUGCUAUUCCAUGAGUGCUGUUCCCCGCCCCUCAUGAAGAACCAGGAUGUGGCAAUGUUUGUGCAGAGAUUUACAGACGCAGUCCUCAGCUUGCGGACCCUCCAGCCCUCCCCUCAGGACUUUGAGACUCUGGUGGUAGUGGGUCGAGGUCGAUUCUCUGAAGUUCAAGUUGUUCGAGAGAAAAACACAAGAGAUGUUUGUGUUCUGAAGGUGAUGGAGAAGGAGAUGCUGCUGACACAUCAGGAGGAGGUGCUGUUUGCAGAGGAGCGCAGGAUACUCUCUCUCAGCUCCAGUCCGUGGAUCCCACAGCUCCUCUACGCUUUCCAGGACCAGACACGAGUUUAUCUGGCUCUCGAGUACCUCCCUGGAGGAGAUCUCCUCUCUCUCAUGAGUCGUUAUGAGGAGCAGAUGGACGAGUCCAUGGUUCAGUUUUAUCUGGCAGAACUUACAGAGGCUGUCCAUGCAGUCCACGCCCUUGGCUACGUGCACAGAGAUGUGAAUCCGGAGAACGUCCUGAUCGACAGAACUGGACAUAUCAAACUGAUCGACUACGGCUCAGCGGCACGACUGGGUCCAGACCGGAAAGUGUCUGGUGUCCCCAUCUCUGUGGGGAAGGUAGACUACAUGUCUCCAGAGCUGCUGUCUGCAAUCAGGGCCCCUGGGGGAGCAGGGGUCAGGGGCCCCUCAGCUGCCGUCAGGGGCCCAGGGUCUCCGUAUGGCCCUGAGUCCGACUGGUGGUCUGUGGGAGCUGUGGCCUUUCACAUGAUGUAUGGGAAACCUCCUUUUAGAGACGAGAGCCCGAGUAAAACUGUGGACAACAUACUGAGCUACAAGAAGAGUCUGCGGUUCCCCCGGCGCCCCCUUGUGUCCGCCUCGUGCUCAGACCUAAUGAAGAGUCUGUUAUGUGAAGCCAGAGAGCGUCUGGAUUAUGAGAGGAUGAGGAGUCACCGGUUCUUCUGCUGCAGCGACUGGGACCUCCUGCAGAGAGCCGUACCUCCGUUCGUUCCCGCGCUCGCCUCUGAAGAUGACGCGUCGCAUUUUGAGGAGCUCCCCACCUCCUCCCCCACCUCACCCCCCUCCCCCCUCUCCCCCGCAGGCUUCGAUGGACGGGACCUGCCCUUUUUAGGCUGGUUCUACUGCCGCGCACUCAAGGCACUGGCCACAAAAGAGUCGGUGUCUUCGAGCCUCAACUCUCCAGCUAAAGUCAACUCUAUGGAAAAGAAGCUCCAGUUGAAGUCCAGAGAGCUGCAAGAAACACAAGACAAAUGCCACAAGAUGGAGCAGGACCUGUCCCGUUUUCAGAGGACCAUGACUGAUCUGGAGUCAGUCCUUCAGCAGAAAGAUGUGGAGCUCCAGGCCUCCGAGUCUCAGAGGAACAUUCUGGAACAAGACCUGGCAACCUACAUCACUCAAUGUAGUAGCCUGAAGAGGAGUUUGGAGGAGGCGCGGGUGGAGGUCUCCAGAGAAGAUGACAAAGCUCUUCAGCUGCUUCAAGACAUCAGAGAGCAGAGCAACAAGCUGCAGGAGAUCAAGGAGCAGGAGUACCAGGCUCAGCUGGUGGAGAUGCAGGAGACCAUCAGACAGUUGGAGGAGGACCUGUCCGCCGCCCGCCGCCGUAGUGACCUGUAUGAGUCGGAGCUGCGGGAGUCCAGACUCAUGGGGGAGGAGCUAAAGCGGAAGGCUGUGGACUAUCAGCAGCGGAUCAUCAAGGCUAAAGAACAGGGCAAAGCUGAAGUGGAGGAGCUGCUCAGCAAACUAGAGAAGACAAAUUCUGAGCAACAGGUGAAGAUCCAGGAGCUGCAGGACAAACUGUCCAAGGCAGUGAGGGCAAGCUCAGAGGCCACAGAUCUGCUUCAUAACGUCCGCCAGGCAAAAGAGCGACUGGAGACGGAUCUGGAACGACUCAAGGGAAAGAAUGACAACAACGACACACUACGGAAACGACUGCGAGAAACUGAGCAGGAGGGCAGGAAGACGCUGCAGAACCAGGUGAAGCGUCUGGAGAUGGUGGAGAGGCGGGAAAAUAAACUCAAAGAUGAAAUUACCACCAAGUCCCAACAGAUUCAACAGAUGGCUCACAAAAUACUGGAGCUGGAGCAGAACCUCCGUGAGGCUCAGUCUACGGCUCAGAGGAUGGAGACUCAACUCCUGCAGAAAGAGCUGCUGUUUGAAGACAAGAUCAAGGUCCUAGAGGCCCAGAUGAAGGUGGAUCUUGCAGAGAAAGACACUUUAGAAACUCGACGAGUUCAACAGGAAACAGAGACGAGAGAAAAUUGCAAAGUGAUCAGCGAACAGAAGGCCACGAUCAAUGCCAUGGACUCUAAAAUGAGGAACCUGGAGCAGCGAAUUGCUGAGCUGUCCGAGGCUAACAAGCUAGCGGCUAACAGUAGCAUUUACACUGAGAAGAACAUGAAAGCUCAGGAGGAGAUGAUCUCCGAGCUCCGGCAGCAGAAGUUCUAUCUGGAGUCUCAGUCGGGGAAACUGGAGGCUCAGAACAUGAAGCUAGAGGAACAUCUGGAGAAGAUCAGCCAAGAGGAGGUCACGAGGAGGAGCAGAGUGACGGAGUUGGAGACACGGCUGAGGGAGCUCGGCCUCCAGCACGAAGAGGAGAAGCUUCAGAUCAAACACCAGCUCUCAGAUCUGAACAUCUCCCUCCAGGAGCGAGAGUCUCAGAUUAGCAGCCUCCAGGCAGCAAGACUGGCCCUGGAAACCCAACUCCAGCAGGCCAGGGAGGAGCUGGAGGAGACCACAACAGAGGCUGAGGAGGAGAUCACUGCUCUGAGGAAUCACAGAGAUGAAAUCCAGAGGAAGUUUGACACACUGAGAGAGAGCUGCUCUGUCAUAACAGAGCUGGAGGAGCAGCUCACUCAGAUCUCUCAGGAGAACGCAGAGCUGAACAGACAGAACUUCUAUCUCUCCAAACAACUGGAUGAAGCUUCCGACGAGACAGAGGAGCGUCUGCACUUGAGCGAGGAGGUACAGGAGCUGCGGAGGGAGGCGCACGAACGAGAGGCGCACCUGAGCAACCACAAGCAGAACAUUGAGACCCUGAAGACCACCUGUACAAUGCUGGAGGAGCAGGUGGUGGCGCUAGAGAGUCUGAAUGACGAGCUGCUGGAGAAGGAGCGGCAGUGGGACAUGUGGAGGUCUGCUCUGGAGGAUGAGAAGGAGCAGGCUGAGAGAAGGAGCAGGGACCUCCAGAGGACCCUGGAGGAGGAGAGGAAGAACAGGCUGCGUGCAGACCAGCGCAGUUCCGAGUCUCGCCAGGCGGUGGAGCUGGCGGUCAAAGAGCACAAAGCAGAGAUCAUGGCUCUGCAGCAGGCGCUGAAGGAGCAGCGGCUGAAAGCCGAGAGUCUGUCAGACACCCUGAACGAUCUGGAGAAGAAACACACUAUGUUGGAGAUGAACGCUCGCAGUCUGCAGCAGAAACUAGAGACAGAGAGGGAGCUGAAGGAGCGGCUAAUGGAGGAGCAAGCCAAGCUGCAGCAGCAGAUGGACCUCCAGAAGAACCACAUCUUCAGAUUGACACAGGGACUUCAGGACGCUUUGGACCAAACAGACCUUCUGAAGAGUGAAAGGAGUGAGCUGGAGCUGACCCUGGAGAACAUGCAGGCAGUGUAUUCACAUGAGAAAGUGAAGAUGGAGGGAACCAUCUCCCAACAAACCAAACUCAUCGACUUCCUGCAGGCCAAGAUGGACCAGCCGCCCAAGAAGAAGAAGGGGAUCUUCGGUCGUAAGCGGGAAGAUGUUGGCACCACCACAAAUGGAGCGGUGACUCCGGUGCCUGUGCCCACUGUGCCUCUGCCGUACGCCGACAUGAAGAUUGCCCUGGAACGAGAGAGGAGCCGCUGUGGAGACCUGGAGGAGGCUCUACAGAGGAUGAGGAUGGAGCUGAGGUCUCUGAGAGAACAUGCGGCCCACUAUAAGGCCCAGGACUUGGGGCCCUCCACACCAGCUCCUCCUCGACACCCGGUCCUGAUGAGCACCAAAAGUCCAGAGCAUCAGCCCAACACAAUCACUGAGGACGCCCUCAGUGCCCUUGGUGACCUCCUCCCUGAGGCAGAAGCCCCCAAACCUGAGGCUCCGGUUCGCCCUGAAGACCUGGUGUCGGAGGUCACCGUGGAGGAGGAGGAGGGGGUGAGGGUGGGAGAACGAGAAGACACCUUACCUCCAGAGUACAGACUGAAACCAGGAGAGAAGGAGGCCAUCCAGCCUCCACCACAGACUUCCCUGGACUCAGACCAGGCCCUGGACUUCCUGUGUGGAGAUUUCAGCUCACCUGCUCCAGCUCAGGACAAAAAACCUCGUAUUGAAACUGACGGCUUCUCCCUGGACGCCAACCUCACUGCUCCCAGCACCCAGGCCUCAGUUGCUCCGGUCGAGUCCCUGUCUGCCCUGGAUUCUCUGUCCCUGGACUUUGUGAGUUCUUCUGCCUCUACGACGGUCAAGGCUGCAGCUCCUCAGAAAGUGGAGUCGGCUGCUGUUCCUCCGCUCAAGAAAGAAUACAAAUCCACAAAAUCUGAGACAAAACCUGAACCCAAAGCUGCAGCCACAGACGCCAUUGACUCCAGACCUGCUCCAGACCCGGCCCUGUCCUUAGACGCCCUCAGUGCCCUUGGUGACCUCCUCCCUGAGGCAGAAGCUCCCAAACCUGAGGCUCCGGUUCGCCCUGAAGACCUGGUGUCGGAGGUCACCGUGGAGGAGGAGGAGGGGGUGAGGGUGGGAGAACGAGAAGACGCCUUACCUCCAGAGUACAGACUGAAACCAGGAGAGAAGGAGGCCAUCCAGCCUCCACCUCAGACCUCCUUGGACCCAGACCAGGCCCUGGACUUCCUGUGUGGAGAUUUCAGCUCCUCCUCAGCUGCUCCAACUCAGUCAGCCGCUCCUGCUCAGAUUUCUGCUGAUGCUGCUAUGAACGCUCUCUCCCUGGACUUUGUAGCUCCCUCAUCUGCCUCACAACAGUCCUCAGAGUGCCCCCCUCAGGCCCCGUUGUCCCCUGGAGCGGACCUGGCCCUGGACGCUCUGUCGGACUCCCUCAAAGACAUCGCCCCCACCCCCCAGCCCGAGCCUCCCUUCCCCCAGAACAUCAUCAAGGAGAAGGAGAUCGAGGAGGAGCGGCUUAUUAAGAUGGGAGAGCGAGAUGACACGCUGCCGCCGGAGUUCAGGCCCACGGAGGACGAGCUAAGGAAAAUGGAGGAAGACAAGAACAAAGUCCCAGAGGCUCCGGCAGAAAAGCCCAUGGACGAUAAGACGGCCCUGGACCUGCUGGCAGGAGACUUCUCUGCUCCUGCUACUGCUCCUGCCACCUCCUCCUCCUCCUCUGCUACUGUGACCUCCUCCUCCUCUGCAAAAGUCUGCGCCACCCCUUCUGACCCCACACAGCCGAUGUCUGGGAAAGUGCUGGACUCUCUGUACGACUCACUGCUGCCUGAUACACCACAGUUUACACAGUUUAAAGACACAACAAAGGCCAAGUCCAAGUCCAAGUCUAGAAGUCUCCUGCAGAGGGAACUGUGGAGCCACUGCCUGCUGCUCCCAGCUCUGACGUCACUCCCACAAACAAGAGCUAGACCUGGUCGGACAUAA